UUAGUGGCAAACAGGGCCCUGAAGAGAAUGUAACAAUGGAGUUACCUCCUCCGGGAAACCGGAGGGUUUCCAUCAGUAACCCUCAAGAGACACCGCGCAAGUUUAGCAUCUCCCAGGGGUUGAUGCGUCACCGCCCUUCUCUGGCCUCCUCGGCUGGUACCUCGAGGUUCUCCACCCCAGGCCCAGGCGGCAUGCAGCCCCAGUCCACGCUGCCCAACCACAUUCUCCAGAAUAGCUCCCUGAGCCCUCCAGACACCUCCAUGUUGCACAGAGCAUCCAAUGUCUCUUCUAUGCGAUUUGCCGAUGAACAAGGCAAGACACCCCCGGCCACGGAAAAAGACAAAGCGAAGAAGGACAAGGGCAAGAGCACGGGGACUCGGCUGCUGAACAUCCUAAGAAAAACUCUUAAAGGGUCUCAGAGUGAAGAAAUGAUGGUAGCACAGGAAACACCAAAUUUGAUACCAUUUGGAGAUGUGGUCGGCUGCCUGGCUGUUCACAUAAAGAGUUGUACACAGUUUUCUCACAGGUUCAUUAUACAACAACAUGUUAAUCUGUUCAUUCGCAUCUCUAUAAACCACAUCAUGAAGUGCACAAAACUUCGGAACCUAAAACAUGUUAACAAUGAAAAGAACUUUGUACUUAGGUUUGGUGAAGUGAAGUAUUUUUCUGUACAGGUUCCCAGACGUCAAGAUGAUGAGCGGAACACUAUUUUCUUGGAACUAAUGCAAGACGGAGGAGAUACAGGAAGACCCGCCCUUUCCUUAGGCAGUGUUGAAUCACAUCUUUAUGAAGUAAUACAGAAAGGCUGCUUUACUGAAGUAUUACAAAUGAAGCACAGAAACUCCGUUAUCUGCAGGUUGGAGGUGGAGUUCAUGUUCUCCUACGGAUCGUUCGGUUAUGGAUUUUCACAUCAGUUAAAGCCUCUUCAAAAAAUCAUCGAACCUUCUAUGUUCAUGAAGAUUGCACCUCCUCCAGAUAGAACAGAUCCGGUCACAAAUGUUAUUACACCACAACGAGUAGAAUACCCAGCAUUCUUAUCCCCAGAUCUUAAUGUUAGUAUCGGGGCUGCUGAUGCCAGCCAGGCAAAUGCAGUGCGACUUGAAAAACUCCAUGAGAAACCCCGGGAAAGGUUAGAAAAAAUGAAAACAGAGUAUAGACAUCUGGACACAUGGGGAGAAAAAGCUGAGUAUUUAAGGAACCUUAUCACUCCAAAAGGGAUUCGCAAAGGUACUGAGGAAGAUAAGAUGACUGAACUAUUUGAAAAACAUUCUAGUCUAUUUGAAAAAGAGCCUGCAACUGUGCCACAUGGUAUCUAUCAUAGAAAAUCUGAAGCAAUUUCAAAUGAGUUUGUGGACAAGGGUGAUAAGGAAGGUCUGGCAAUACCAGUUUUGAAACUGUUGAACCAGGACGAGGACCUCUCAAAGCCUGCUCUUCAUGAAAGCGAUGACUCCACACCAGAAGACACCCAGCUGCCCCCUAUCCACACCCUGCAGAUAAUAGAAGAAAAUGAAGCCCCACAGCGUUUACCAGGGCCUGCUGAGCGGGAAGACAAGCCGCACGAAGAGAAAAGUGUAGUGUUCCCACCGGAUGCAGACCUAAUCCCCAAAGGUCCAAGCAUUUUAAGAGUAACCACAUCUGUCCAGGAGGUAAAGUCGGGAUGUUUACUCAUAAACCCUGAGAACGUAAGGAGGAGGAAUUUAUGUUUCUCUCCGAAAGAAUGAGGUAUCAAAGCACACGUUUUAACUGGAAGGAGGAGGGCUAGUUUGGGUUCCUGAGAUUCAAAAUGAAAAGGUGGCUUCAAAGGCAAGAUUCAACAGAAGCUCAGAUAAAUGUGUCUCCCCCCACAGCAAAACUUCAGAGUAGCUACUCAAAUACUUAUUUAAAAAUAGUUAUUUUUAAAUCAAUUAAAUACCAAUAAAUUAAAAAUUAUUUAAAUGUUCUAAGUAGAAAUGCCUCUAAAUGUAUUAAAUGUUCUUACUUUGUGUGCACUGAUCAAUUAAGGGAGACAAUCCUUUGAAAGAAAAGCAAACCGUCAGGAAUGCAAAUUAACCCCCCAGGUUAGGGUGUGAUUCU